AAAUUCUCCCUCACAACCUGCAGAGGCACAUUGUAAGUUUUCUGAACUCCCUUCACAUACCUUAAACUUUUAACGAUUUCCCAUAUUUCUAACCUUCCUUGGAAAUUUCCCUCUUUUGGAUCUCUGAUUCAUGCGCCUCCGCAGGACAUACAAGGGUGUCUGUGACCUCUCCCCCUCUCCCCUGUGACCUCAGAACCCCAGACGUUCUUCUCCCCCUCCCCUCCCUGAAGCCAGACUGACAUCCAUGGCGCUACAGAAGUUUCUGGGAUUUGGGAAGCAGUUGCUGAGGGUAAAGGUGGUGAACUGUAACACAGAGGACUCCCGUCUGUCCCGAUGCCUCAACACUUUCGACUUGGUGGCCCUGGGCGUGGGCAGCACGCUGGGCGCUGGCGUCUACGUGCUGGCCGGUGCUGUUGCGCGAGAAAAUUCAGGUCCAGCUAUUGUGCUGUCUUUCCUGAUAGCAGCCUUAGCCUCGGUGUUAGCAGGUCUAUGCUAUGCUGAGUUUGGAGCCCGUGUUCCCAAGACAGGCUCGGCUUAUCUUUACUCUUACGUGACUGUGGGAGAACUCUGGGCCUUCAUCACUGGAUGGAACCUCAUCCUCUCAUAUAUCAUUGGUACCUCCAGUGUUGCCAGGGCAUGGAGUGCUACCUUUGAUGAGUUGGUUGGGAAGCGUAUAGAGAUGUUCUGCAGAGCGUACAUGCCCAUGAAUGCACCGGGUGUCUUAGCAGAGUACCCUGACAUGUUUGCUGUUCUUAUUAUAAUCACACUAACUGGUCUGCUGGCAUUUGGAGUCAAAGAGUCAGCAAUGGUGAACAAGGUGUUUACCUGUAUCAACAUCCUGGUCUUGUUGUUCAUGGUGAUCUCUGGCCUGGUUAAAGGCACUUUAAAAAACUGGCAGCUUGACCCUGAAGAGAUCCUAUAUGCCAAUUAUACCAGUAACUCCAGCCUCAAUCUAACAGACAUCCUGCCAACCAAAGAGAGUUUAGGAGUGGGCGGCUUCAUGCCUUUUGGGUUCACAGGCGUCCUGUCGGGAGCUGCUACCUGCUUCUACGCCUUUGUUGGAUUCGACUGCAUCGCCACUACAGGUGAAGAAGUCAAGAACCCCCAGAGAGCCAUCCCAAUCGGCAUCGUAUCAUCACUGCUCAUCUGCUUUGUAGCAUACUUUGGUGUUUCUGCUGCUCUCACCCUCAUGAUGCCGUACUACCUGCUAGACAGCAACAGCCCUCUGCCUGUGGCCUUUAACUACGUUGGCUGGGGAGGAGCUAAAUAUGCUGUAGCUGUAGGCUCUCUGUGUGCUCUGUCUACAAGCCUGCUGGGUGCUAUGUUCCCUAUGCCCCGUGUGAUCUGGGCUAUGGCCGAGGAUGGGCUUCUUUUCAAGUUUAUGGCCGUGAUCAGCUCCCGCACCAAAACCCCAAUAACUGCAACCCUCACCGCUGGCAUAGGGGCAGCUAUCAUGGCGUUUCUGUUUGAGCUGAAGGACCUUGUGGACCUGAUGUCCAUAGGGACACUGCUGGCCUACACACUGGUGGCUGCCUGCGUCCUUGUACUCAGGUACCAACCAGAGCAGCCCAGUCAGGUUUAUGAGAUGGCCAGUACCCAGGAGGAGGGCGAGAUGAGUGACGGGAUCAGUGUCCCCAGUAUGGGCAUCCUGCCUGGUGUGGAGGAGAGGUUCAGCUUCCAGAAGCUCCUGUUCCCAGACAACAAUGAGCCAUCAGAACUGUCAGGCUUCUGUGUCAACAUCUGUGCCUCCAUGAUGGGAACAUUGAUCCUGGUGUUUAGCGUCCUGGCGGUGCAGGGUGGCAGUGCUUCAUGGAACAUCAUAGCCCUCAGUGUCAUCUUCGUGCUGUGUCUCUUUCUCACUUUUAUCAUCUGGAGGCAACCUGAGAGCAAAACAAAACUUUCUUUCAAGGUUCCUCUUCUGCCAUUCAUUCCAGUCAUUAGCAUGUUUGUUAAUGUUUACCUUAUGAUGCAGCUGGACAGAGGCACAUGGAUACGAUUUUCUAUCUGGAUGGCUAUAGGUUCAGUGAUCUACUUCUGCUACGGCUUUCAUCACAGUGCUGAGGGCUCCACAUCCCACUCGUCUCCAGAAACAGAGAUAGACGGAGAUGGUGUUUCAGAGGCUGGGGCAGCAGAAAAAGAGGCCUUCCUGCACUACGGGAUUGAAGUCAGAGAAGAGGACGAUGUGGAUUUGUAGGAAGCCUUAGAGCAUGCUGCUUACAUUUCAAACUGCCCUGACGCCAGUCUGUCUGUGUGAGACUAUUUUUGACAGGACAACUUCCAGUCCCUCACUGGCUGUACUCCUCUUUGAAGGAAGUUUUGAUGUAUAACCUUGACCUAAAAUUCAGAAUCCUGUGACUUCCCUUCUUUGACUGCUGGCUAGAACAACAGGAUUCCUGACGCUGUGACUGACAUGUACUUCGUGUUACAUCGGUAAUUUCUAAAAUGUUUUUCACCUUAUUUGCUUGGCCUUGAGCUUCAGCUGCUUAUCGCUGGCUAACUGGCGUGGGACGGCUCAUGUUGAACACAUGAAUCAUGUCACAGUUUCUGGGAGGUUCUGGAGACAAUAAUAUUUGUCUCUCCUCAUGAUAGGUCACAGUUACAUCUCUGGAGAGAGUCAGGGUUGUGUUGCUCGCAGUAGGACUGUGUGCACAUGGCUUUUGUCUGGGUGCCACAGGGUUCAACAGUAAUACAUUUUCCUUCCAUAACAACACGCACACAUCUACAUAAUAUUGAAAACCAGACAAAAAAAGGUUAAAACAGGUUCGCUCAUUCUGCUUAACUUUCCAAUUCUUGUGCAACCUAUGUUGAAAUGAUCUCCAACAGUUUGGCAAGUAGGUGGUUUCAUAACACGCUACAACACACUUGUUAUGUUAAUGUCAUUUCCCUUGUUCACAAGCAGAAAAGGCUGGUAGGGCCAGCAGCUUCAUGUGGGCCGACAGGAAGCUGAAACUUGCAGCUUCCAUGAGUCCCUAAUUAAGUCCGAAGGACUGCAUUAAUUCCAUCUGAGAUCCAAUGCUUUACUUGCAAAAGGGAUAGCUUGGACAAGCAGUUUUGAAAAUAAUAAGCUGUGGAUUUGACUGCAAAUUAUGACACAGAAACUUCUUUAACUACAUGAUCAACCAACACCUCCUGUUGAUCUUUGAGCUAACCAGCAUACUGGGAACAUUUUAAGAUGUCACACUAUUUGGAAAGUCAAGCUUAAUUCAUGAUAUUUUUCCCAGUGUCAUUUUCUUAAAAUAACUCACCAUUUUAGUACAUCUAAUGAUUGUAGGUGAUAUAUUAAACCUGAGAUGUGAAUCCUGAGGUAUGUUAAUGGAAGACACUGACAGCUGAUGGCUGACUGUCAGUGUCACAUUAGAUGAUUUUUUCACAGUGCUGGCUGCUGUGCGUCUUUUGCAUCUGAAAUUUGUAAUAAUGAUUUUCUUUUCACAAAAAAAAGCCAAGUUGUUCCAUGCUCAAUUUGGAUAAAUGUCCUUGUUCUGAAUUUAAAUAACAACCUUUGUGAUGUUAAUUAGUGUCUUUUUAUUAUUCAGAUCCUCAGAUAUUGUUAUUUUGGAUUAGAAAUGAAUUUACAAAAAAUAUGUAGAGCUUAACUUCAUUUUAACAUUUUACUUUUUGGUUGUCAUCAAAAAAACACAAAAAAUAGAGAUGUUGCUUUUUACUUGGUGCCUUUAAAGAGAAUACUUUUUAAAAACAAAGCAUUGCACAAUUAAGCCAUGGAUUAAAAGAGGGAUAUUGCACUCAAGUAAAAGUCCAAUUACAGCAAAAAAUGAAAGAGUGACCUGCCAGAUUGUUUGCAAAUAUAGUCCAUAGUAGAAAUGGCAGUCAAAUCUGCAGUUCCGAGGCACUCUAAUUUGAUGAAAAAUCCUUUAUAAACGAGGGAUAUCUAUGCAUGCUGACUCACAACGAGUCAUCAUCAGGAUAUAAUAGAUAGAGAACAGGUGUUUACAUAAAUACAAGUAAGGUGUCAUGUGACACUUUGUCAACAUGACAAAGGUUACAACAACUCAGAAUUUUUUAGACAUAAAUCACAACAGAGAAGUUAAAAAACACAAUCUAAUAGUAGCUCAAAAUGGUUUAUGCUAAUAUGAAUACAAAUCUUAAAAACUAGUGGGAGGAGUCACCACAAAAAACAUCAAUGUUCGCUCAAAAGAGAGACAUCCUAUGACUGCAAGACCCAUUACAUGUGCUUCUCUAUUUUGCCUCAUAUUCUGUUUUUAUACUAUUAUGUAAGUUUACAUUUACAGUGAGGCUGGCUGUGUAGCUAUUUGUGGUGUGUGAUCAAUAAUAAUAAUUUGCUCAAAUUAAAGUUUGUUCUGCACAUUAUUGGUCCUGCAGUCAUAUGAUGUCUCUCUUUUGAGUCUAUAUUGAUGUUUUUUAUGGUUAUUACCCUCACUAAUCAAUUAAAUAUGUAUUAAAUUUGUAAAAAAAACAUUUUGUGGUUCUAUAAGAAUGUGUUUUUUGCACUUUCAUCAUGUCAGACAAACAACUUGUUAGUUGUAUUUUUCCUCAGAAACAGAUGCUUUGUGAAAUGUAGUACAAUAAGUCAAUACUUCUCUGAAAAUAUACUUGAGAAAAAGUCAAAUUAAGUUCAAGUACACAAACACGUUUUCAAUAACAGCAACACUAGUAAAUGUUAUUGAUUACUUUCCACUCCUGCCUGUAACACUGUCAUAAUGGACAAAGAAUGUUCAGAAAAUCUCUGUUUUCUGUCCUUUUAAUUCUUAUCCGAUCCUGGUGCUUAUAUAAUCCGCAACUUAUUUACUUCCACUUUAUUUGGAGUUUUCAGUUGUUGGCCAGAACAAGCUUCUAACCAUCAGCCUCAGGCAGAAAUAAGGAGCAUCUUCUUAUGACACUCACAUCACUUCCUCGUUUCAACCCUGCCACUUGCCUUUUUUUUUUCACUUUUUUACUUGUGGCAUCUUCAGUUUACUCAAGGGACAUCACUUGAGGCAACAUCUUGGCUUACUGCAGUUUUUAUCUGAUCAGUCAUCAUUAAGUUCAUUCAUAUGUCCUUUUCUGAUAACUAAAAUCUGUUUAUAGCCAGAAAAUGUUUCAUCAAGAUUGUGUAAAUAAAGUAUUGUUUAUAGUUCUCAGUAAAUUAUUUGUACAUUGUGGAAAGGCUUGUAUUAAGUUACCCUGUUUGUGACUGUACAUUGUGUUUACAUAUUUUGUUAAUCCUCAGGGUUUGCAAAAUCCCUGGUUUCAAUUUUUUUUUAUCAGUGCCUUAUCAUACAAAAUUAUUGUAUAAAAAUAAUGGAUGAAGGAAGCAUAAAUUUGGUAGUAAUACUUCCCUGGUGUGAUAUUGGGCCGCUAUGAUUUUGACUUGUACAGUUACAGGGUGAAACUAAUCCAUGUCCUUAAGCUUCCUUUAAACUGAAAAAAGUUUUAUGUGGAAAAGAAAUCCACAUAAAAUAAUUGUUAAACAAAGGUAUUCCUGCAUAUCUAAGAUUCCAUUCAGCGGUUUAAUCAAUGCUUAUUACUUAAUCAUGUAAUGCUGCAUCUCACUGUUUACCCAUGACCCAUAUUUAUGUAUAUACAACAAUAGAUGGAUAAAAGCUUCUUUCUUUCUAUACUGAUGCUUUACGCCAGCAUGUGUCCUUAUACUGUGGAAUCCAUCUUCAUGCUGUAUUAAUGACUUUCUUCCUUAUGUGUUUAUUUGCUGUGAAAACAUCUGUUUCUUAGA